CGAGACGAGACGGGAAGGGAAGGAAGGGAAGGGCCGAGGGCCGAGGGACAGGGCAGGGCACGGGAGGGGACGGGGGCUACGGGCGAGCAGCGAGCGCAGUUGAUGUCGUUGCUUCUCGAGGGGCUCGCUCGCUCUGCUUGCUUUUGCGGAACGCAGAGACGAUCUUGACACGAGUUGCUAGUCCGGGUGAGCGCCAGGUCUCGGCGACUCCGUCGAACUCCUCUGCUUCUGCUGCUGUUGUUGCUGCUGCUGCUUGUUGUUUGUGCACAUGAUUCAUUCGACGUGGAGCUAUUUCGGUGCACCUUGCUGCGAUGCGAGUAUGGCGGAGAGAGGCCCGACGAUUUUUUCGUUGCGGGGAGGGCGCGCGAGGUUCUGAGUGUGCGGUGGGUUUUCGGGGAGGAAUUUGGGCAGAGUGAGGGAGAGAGCGGGGAAGUUGUUCAAAAGCGGAAGGGAGGAAGAGAGGAGGGGAGGGGAGGGGAGGGGAGGGGCGAGAAGUAGAUGAGUGCAGAUGUAGUUCUAUGGUCAAACAUGUCUCGUGUCGAGUCUCCUUUCCAUGCAAUUGCGGCGCAAGCGCUCGACGACGAUCCUUCUCCGGUGGAGAGUGAAGCGAAUGCCGCUGUUGUUGCUGUUGCCGCACCUGGGACGACGAUCUCGGAGGGCGGGCUCGAAGCGGACGGUGUCAAGACGCCAACUUCUCCGUUGGAAAACGGAGUGCAUGAGGUGGAACAGAACAAGGAAGAAGCAGAGGAGGAUAAUGUAGGAGAGGAGACGUCUGUCGUUGCUGGAGGUGCUCGUCAAGCCAAGGGAUCGUCUGCUGCCACUCCUGAAGGUGGCAACGAGGGAACUGGAGAUGUUGUUGCGAAGAAAUCAAAAAAGCGGACUAAUGUGUGGACCAAAACAACUUCGCGCAAAAGUACGAAGAAGAACGGUUCUAAGAAUGGCGGAGCUCGACCGUCUGAUGCCAAAGAUGACAAUGUAAUUCUGAAGCCUUUCCAUCAAGAAGAUGAUCCAGGGUACCCAACCCUUCUUUCGAAGAUACACAAGGCUGAGAAGAUUGAGUUGAGUCUCGAUAGGCUCACUGCGAGUGGUAGCAAAGGUUAUCGGAUGGUUAGAGCGACUCGAGGUGUUGUGGAGGGUGCGUGGUACUUCGAGAUUAUUGUCCAAAAUUUGGGUUUGACUGGUCACACCAGGCUGGGCUGGAGUAGUCGGAGAGGAGACAUUCAAGCUCCAGUUGGGUACGACGCACACAGUUACGCAUACAGGGACGUAGAUGGUAGCAAAGUACAUUGUGCACUCCGCGAGCCUUAUGGCGAGCCAUAUGUCGAGGGGGAUUGUAUAGGUUUCUACAUAAAUCUUCCGCGUGAGGCCAACUACACCAGAAAAGCCGAGGAAGAAGUUGUGGGGUGGAAGGGACAACCUUAUUUCGUCGUCGCCGAUGAGCCUCUUAAACCCGUUUCAGGGAGCGAGAUUCUGUACUUCAGAAACGGAGUUUCUCAAGGUGUGGCCUUCACGGACAUCAAUGACGGGACGUAUUAUCCAGCGGCAUCCAUGUACACGCUUCCGAACCAGGACGUAUGCCGAGUGAGCUUCAAUUUUGGCCCCGAAUUCAGAUACCCUCCCGUGGACCUCGGAGGUCGCCCAAUUCCUUCGCCGAUGAGCAAAGUGUCGGGUCCGCCGACCGAAGCCAGCAAGGCAGCAGCAGAUGGACCCUCGAAACCUCCAAUUGCGGUUUACGGCGAACCUUUCGAGACGCCCGGAGUCAAGCAACGGAUGGUGCCCGAUCACACGACGGCAGUGGGCGCGGAGGAACAGCAGCUGCCAGUGGUGGCCAAGAAGGAGAAGGUGCCGAAGCGCUUCGUGAGGACGGCCCCGCCGCUGGCCAAGAAGAAGAAGCCUCAGAAGAGUGUGCCCACCACCAAUUCCAAGAACGGCGUGGCACCGAAACCUUCUUCCGGAAUGCCUUCGGCCUCGAAGAAAAGCAAAGCAGCCAACGGGCUGCCUCCCUCCAAUCCGGACUCGAAACCCGAAGCGAGUCGCACCAAGUCCAGCAAAGUCGACUCGGCGGGAGCAGUCGUGAACCUCAAUUCGCACGCGCGCAGGCCCUGGACCUUGGAAAACCGACUGGAAGGCGCCCACAACGUGGACGUGGAAGUGGUGGUCGAAGCUUCUGCUGCUUUGUAGAGGCAGGCAGCGGCAAAGCUGCUGCAAAAUCGAAGACCAGGCAGGCAGGCAGGCAAGCGAGCGAGCGCAAGGCAGAUUCUUGAACCCUGCGCAUGGUUAGUUGUCGAGGUACAUAGAUAGAGCAACGAGGUCAGCGUCCUAUCCUUGAUUUGCCGGGGGGCAAUUCGUGGUCGACCCACACGACACGAUCUGGAACUAUGGCCUGGACGACACAGAGGAUGGGGGAGUGGCCAAGCGUAGGGUAGUGUAGGGGAUUCUGAAGUGUAAAUUAAUCCUUUUUGCGGAAUUCGUUCAGUUCAGGAAAAUGUCUGUCCAUUGUUGUUGCGUUACCGAUUCGGCACCGACGGAGGACCUCAGGACCAGCUGAGUGCAAACCUUGUUUGAACUAUACCCGUCGUCCGUGUACAUCACCUCAUUUCUCGCCUGCAAACACGGAACUCUCGUUCUACUCAUGGGACGUCACUGGCACGCC